UUGCGAGUCAGAGCCGGUCCUUCAUAUUCUAACCUCACCACUAUAAGAGUCAAUGAUGAACAUCAUCCUUUUCUGUUGGAUUCGGAGCAUUUUACUGGAUACUUGGUGGUUCGCUAUCUCAACUUCUCGGGUACUACCAGUACUGACAAUACAAUGGCUCGUCCUAUUCACAAUCCUAUUAGCUCAUAUUUUCAAGGUCGCAACAGACGCUACUCCAUCAUGUUGCAGGGUCGCUUCAAAAAAGAGUGGAAGGGUGACGAUAUUAUCUUUGGUGCCAAUAUGGCCUCUCCGCUUCGAACACCUCCUGGUGCUUCCAUUGCCAUUAGAAUUGCAAAAUGGCUUGAUCCUUCUGUCGAGGCCGAUCUCGACUGUCAUGAGCCUUACAUUUAUUCUCCCAUGGUGUCUUCCAUGAACUCUCUUGCCACUUUGAGUUCCGUCCCAUCAGCACCUUUAUUAAACACUGUUCCCUCGGUCGACAUUGGUCCGUGGGCAUUUCAUUCUCAGUUUGUUCCAGAAUAUACCUCAUUACUCUUUCCUUCCAAUACAAAACAACCUUUAUUGACUUCCUAUGAUAAACGGAAAAGGUUCUUUGCAGAUAUCACCAAGCGUAAUGCCGUCACAUUCUCUCCACAAAAUAUUUAUUGCAUGGAUUUCUAUGAUGCAUAUUUUGAUUUCAAUACGGUCUCUGUCAAAUUACCCGGUAUCUCACUCAGUGCAUUCAAGUUUUGGGAAGGUCAACCGUUGCGAUACGUUGCCAUGAGUCGAGAUCGAUCUACUGUUUUUUUUGUCAUUACAUUUGAAUUGAUUGAA